AUGGCCGAAGAAGCCAAGGCCAAAGGAAAUGCCGCUUUCUCUUCCGGUGACUUCGACGCCGCCAUCCGUCACUUUUCCGAAGCUAUCUCUCUCUCCCCCGGUAACCAUGUCCUUUACUCCAAUCGAUCGGCCGCUUAUGCCUCCCUUCACAAAUACUCUGAAGCGUUAACCGAUGCCAAGAAGACCGUCGAGCUCAAGCCCGAUUGGUCCAAGGGCUACAGCCGUCUCGGCGCCGCUCAUCUUGGACUCGGCCAACACGACGACGCUAUUGCUGCUUAUAAGAAGGGCCUUGAAAUCGACCCCAAUAAUGAACCACUUAAAUCCGGUUUGGCUGAUGCCCGGGCCGCGGCUUCUAGGUCACGUUCCGUGCCGCCCAUGGGCAAUCCUUUCGGAGACGCUUUCUCUGGACCCGAGAUGUGGGCUAGGCUCACUGCCGAUCCCACCACCAGAGCAUAUCUGCAGCAACCUGAUUUCGUGAAGAUGAUGCAGGAUAUUCAGAAAAAUCCCAACAAUCUGAACUUGUAUAUGAAAGACCAAAGAAUCAUGCAAGCCCUUGGAGUUUUGCUCAACCUCAAGAUUCGCACCCCGAACGAGGACACUGAUAUGCCCGAGGCUUCCCCUUCGCCUCCGCCGGCAGAGAGGAAGAGAGCUGCUGAAGCUGAACCGGCGAAGGAAGAGAAGCGGCCCGAGCCCGGGUCCAUGGAAUUGACGGAGGAGGAGAAGGAAGCGAAGGAGAAAAAAGCCCAGGCCCAGAGGGAAAAGGAGGCAGGCAAUGCGGCUUACAAAAAGAAGGAUUUUGAUGCGGCAAUCCAGCAUUACUCCAAGGCUAUGGAAUUGGAUGAUGAGGAUAUAUCGUAUCUCACAAACCGUGCUGCUGUUUACUUGGAAAUGGGAAAGUUAGAAGAAUGCAUGAAAGAUUGUGACAAGGCUGUAGAAAGGGGAAGAGAAUUGAGAUCAGACUUUAAGAUGAUUGCAAGAGCUUUGACAAGGAAGGGAACUGCCCUGGUGAAAAUGGCAAAAUGCCCAAAGGAUUAUGAACCUGCCAUUGAGACUUUCCAAAAGGCACUUACAGAGCAUCGCAACCCUGACACCUUGAAGAAAUUGAAUGAUGCAGAAAAGGCUAAGAAAGAACUUGAACAGCAAGAAUACUUUGAUCCGAUAUUGGCUGACGAGGAGCGUGAAAAAGGUAAUGAUUUCUUUAAGCAACAGAAUUAUCCCGAAGCUGUGAAGCAUUACACUGAGUCUUUAAGAAGGAAUCCUAAGGAUCCUAGGACUUACAGUAACAGAGCUGCAAGCUACACAAAACUUGGCGCAAUGCCUGAGGGUUUGAAAGAUGCUGACAAAUGCAUUGAGCUGGAUCCAACUUUCGUAAAGGGUUAUACUAGAAAAGGUGCCAUACAGUUUUUCAUGAAAGAAUAUGACAAAGCUUUGGAAACGUAUCAAGAGGGGUUGAAACAUGAUUCAAACAACCAGGAGCUGCUUGACGGCAUAAGAAGGUGCGUAGAACAAAUUAAUAAGGCCAGCCGUGGAGAUAUAAGUCCUGAGGAGUUGAAGGAGAGACAGGCAAAGGCAAUGCAGGACCCGGAGAUACAGAACAUCCUCCAAGACCCUAUUAUGAGACAGGUAUUGGUCGAUUUUCAGGAAAAUCCCAAGGCUGCUCAGGAGCAUACGAAGAAUCCAAUGGUGAUGAACAAGAUCCAGAAGUUGGUCAGUGCUGGCAUUGUCCAGAUUAGAUAAAUUGGAUGGGAUGUGAAAACUCAUUUUUAAAUGUAGAUUGAACUGGAAAUGGAUAAACAAUUUACGGUUGGGAAUUUCUUAAUUGCUUUAUGCUUUCGCAUUGUUUUAGUGAACUUUUAUAAAUUAUGAAUUUGGGUCCUCAAGGUCUAAUCCUAUCCGCUUUCGCCCUCUGCUGCUAUGUUGGUUGCUGGCCGGAGACUCGUUAUUUUUAUGUAUAUUUUGCGUCUACAAGCAAAGCAAUGGCCUUGGUUUGGAGGUUUA